AUGUUUUGCCGGGCGGCCGUCUUUGUGCUGCUCUCCUCGGGUCUUUGCCACGGAGCCGGGAUCAUCCCAGUCGACUGGCUCCGCGGGACACCUGGACAGAGCGUGACCUUCACCACAUCCCUGACUCCGACAUCGGAACCCUUUCUGGCUCUGACUUGGAGCUUCAACGCGACCAUCAGCGUGAUCACCUCCACCAAUGUGGACGUGGUGGGAGAAGGCUACGAGGGCAGGGUCACCCUGGAUAAAACCACCGGCUCUCUGGUGCUCGCAAACCUGACGGAGGAGGACAGCGGAGAAUAUGAGGUGCUCAUGGUGCCGCAUGGCGCACAGCCCAUUCAAGGGCGUGUUCGACUGAACGUGCUAAGUGUGGUGUCUGUGCCCGUUAUGGCCUGUCCCACGGAAAACUUGAUUGAAGGUCAAAGCUCCCUCAACUUGACGUGUGACGCCGAAGGUGGGGUGACCCACCGAGCGUGGACGAGAAAAGGGAAACCGCUGCUCCCCGGCGGCAGGUUCGUCUUCCACGAUGACGGCCGAGUGCUCUCCGUCAGCCCUGUGGACAGGCAGGACACCGGCGUCUUCCUGUGUAACGUCAGCAACGCCAUCAGCUUUGCCACUGCCAAAUGCAAGCUCAAAGUGUUCUACGGGCCCGACCAACCCUUUAUCGAUCAAGACCCGGUUGGCGCAGAACUCGAGGAGAGCGUCACGUUGCUCUGCUCAGCCGACUCGCUACCGAAGGCCAAGUUCACCUGGAAGUUCAAGCGCACGGUUGCGUCCGGUCCCCGCUAUGACAUAGAGGAGAUGCAGAAACGCCACCUGGGGACGUACACCUGCACGGCGCACAACGAAAUCACCGGCUCGCAGGUCUCGGCGGAACACACCUUGGAGGCGAUGGCCGCACGCGUGCUGCUUCUGAUGUUGCUGGGAGCCCUCUCAGGCUCGAGCUACGCAGCCGGUGUGCUGCCCGCUGACAGGCUGGUGGCGGUUGCCGGCGAAACACUGACGCUGGCCACCACAGUGUCUCCGCCGGCAGAACCCUUUCUGGUGAUCACCUGGAGCGUGACGGACAUGCACGAUGCCACUAGCAUCGUCAUAUCCUCCACGAGCGUUGUCAACAUCACGGCGCCCGAGUACCGGGACAGGAUCACCCUCCUCCGUCACACGGGAUCGCUAGAGCUGAGGAACGUGAGCCUGAGGGACACCGGAAAUUUCAGGAUCACCAUCGUCCCGGCCGGUGGGGCUCAUCAGAGUGGGAACUGCAAAGUGGAUGUACAUGAACGGAUCUCCGGCGUGGUCUUGGUUGCAAGUGGGACAGACCUGUUGGAGUCCAACCGUCCACUCAGCAUGUCCUGCUCCGUCGCCGCUGGUUCCGGACUCUCUUUCCGGUGGCUGAACGGCAGCUUGCCGAUGACGGCCGGGGAUAGAGUUCAGAUCACCGCCGGCGGCUCCAAGCUCACCUUAAGUCGUGUGACCCGCUACGACCAAGGAUCGUUCAGGUGUCACGUGUUCAAUGCGAUCAGUAAUGGCACCAGUGACCCGGUCCAGCUCUACAUCAGCUAUGGCCCGGAAAACAUCCAGUUGAGCACAUCCCCGUCACUCAAAUACCACUUGGAAGGCUCCAACAUCAACCUGUCCUGCUCUGCUGGAUCUCGACCUCCUGCAGUGUUCCAGUGGUCCUUGGAUGGAAACCCGUUGGCCGCUUCGGGACCUGAGCUCAGACUGCAGAAUGCUCUGCACAGUCAGAGCGGGAACUACCGCUGUCAAGCCUUCAACAACAAAACAAUGAAGUCCAAAACUCGCCGCUCGGCUAUAACUAUAAUUGCACCAAUUUCUAGCGUGGAGAUCAAGACCAACGCCACAGAAAUGUUUGAAUUCAGCGGACCCGUCAGUAUGUCCUGCUCCUCGGCCGGGACCUCGCCCUCCUUCCGCUGGCUGAAUGGCAGCGUCGAGGUUAUAGAAGGCGAGAGAGUUCGGCUCACGGACGGAGGCGCCAAGCUCACUGUUGUCAACAUGACCCGCUACGAUCAAGGCCCGUUUCGGUGUCACGUGUUCAACACCAUCAGCAACAGCACCAGUGAUCCGGUGGUCCUGUCGGUCUACUAUGGACCGGAGAAUAUUAACCUGACGAGCCGGCCGUCCCAAGAGAACUACGACGAAGGUUCGGACGUGGACCUCAUUUGCUCAGUGAACUCGGGUCCUCCGCCAAAAUUUGUCUGGUUCCGCAAUGGAGUGCUUUUGUCCCAGGCUGGAUCGGAACUCAAGCUGAUGAACGUUCAUUUGCAUCAGAGUGGAAACUACAGCUGUCAGGCCUUUAAUGACAAAACUAUGAAGAAUUUAACAUCAGAGCCCGUGGCUAUUUCGGUGAAAAGAUCAGGAAUAUCUAAUGUGGUGAUCAAUGCCAGCAGUACGGACAUGGAAGAGCUGAGCAGUUCCGUCAGGCUCUUGUGCUCCUCGACCGGAUCGUUCCCAACGUUUGUUUGGCGCAACGGCAGCUCCGAGCUGGCGGCCGGUGACCGAGUCCAGAUCGGCGCCAAAGGCGCCGUCGUCACCAUCUCGAACGUGAGCCGCUACGACGAGGGUCCCUACGCAUGUCAUGUCUUCAAUAACUUCAGCAGCGCCACCAGCACGCCGCUCAAACUCGCCAUCAGCUAUGGACCAGAGAGCAUUCUUCUCCAGCUCUAUCCCUCAGGGGAAUACUUUGUGAGAGGAUCCAACCUCAGCCUGUCCUGCUCAGCUGCAUCCAGACCUCCUGCCCUGUUUGAGUGGUUCUUCAAUGGACACCUGCUGUCCCAGGUCGGCGCGGUGCUCAAUCUGCAGAAGGUUCAGGAGAACCAAAGCGGGAACUACAGCUGCCGGGCUUUUAACAACAAAACUGAGAAAUAUCAAACAACAAAGACAUCUGCAAUCUUUAUACAGACACCGGUUUCCAACGUGAGCCUUACCUCAAACCUCACAGUCAUGUUUGAGUUCAGCUCAGCGACCUUCUCCUGUUCGACUGCCGGGUCGGGACUUUCCUUCCUGUGGUUGAACGGCAGCUCAGAGGUCUCGGCCAGUCAUAGAGUUCACUUCAGUGACGGAGGCUCGACGCUCACUGUAGUGAACGUGACGCGCAACGACCAAGGACCAUUCAGCGUCAACGUGUCUAACGGUGUCAGUGCGGCACUGAGUCGCCCACUGCAUCUUUUCAUUCAGUACGGACCAGACAGCCUGACCAUCGAGGGCCCGGACUCCGUUUUCGGCGGACAGCACGCCAUGCUUUUCUGCUCCGCCUUGUCUGUCCCGACAGCGACCUUCUCCUGGCUUUUGAACGGAAAGCCCACGGGUGUGCACGCAUUUGCAUUGGUCAUCGUUGCAAGCCAACAUUGGGAUGCUGGCGAGUACGUGUGCACAGCCCGGAAUGCCGUCACCGGACAGAGCGCCAGUGGAAGCCAUCAGUUGGCUGUUUUGGACUUGUCCGACUGCAACUGCUGGACGUCUGUCACGAUCGCUGCCGCCGUCGCAGUUGGAUGCUGUGUUGUCGUCGGCAUGGUGAUCGGCUUGAUUCUGUAUGGUCUCAGGAGAAGGCAAAGACACAGAAGCAUAUAUCCAACUCUCAAAAGAGGGAGAAAAAGUAUGAGGGUGAAGCAAUCCGACAUGUACAAGAUCGCAGCUGGAACUCAGAGCGAGCGUUAG